GUCUUCCAGAACACAUGGCCAGCCACCCGCAAAAUGUUGUCGCGCCAGGACAACCAGCGUUCACUCAAGCAGCGAUGCCAGUUCUGUACGACGAGGCGUUCAAGUACAUGCGUGAGUCCUCAGUCGAGCUGCUCAAGACUUGGCAGCAGUCUUUCGUCACGUGUUCCGAAGAAAACGACGCUAGCGACCACCAGUACCUGGAAGUCGGCUGCGGGCCGGGCAACAUCACUCGCAACGAUCUCUUGCCCCUGUGUCCUCCGAGUUUAACGAGACUCGUCGGUACGGACAUCUCGGAGGCGAUGUUGGACUAUGCCAGGAAUGUGAACGCCCACCCGAAGGUCCAUUACCGACGACUGGACAUCACUGCCGACGAGGACGUGUCUCGCUUCAUCGCCGAGGAGGGUCGCUUUCAGAGGGUCUACUCCUUCUUCGCACUUCACUGUAUACAGGACAAGGCCGCUGCAUUGAGGAACAUCGAGCGUCUGAUGACGCCCGGUGGCGAGUGCCUCAUCAUAUAUCAUCCGUACGCGCAAUCAGCGAAGUACUACCGGGCGCUCCUGGAAAGUGGCUUAUGGGAAAAAUACCACGGCGUGCUCUGGCGCACAAUGCCCGUGUUCCAUGAAACAGACGACCCUGUGUUCUUGCGAAAAAGCUUUCUCGACCUCGUCAAGCUGACCGGGAUUGUUCCACUGUCAUGCGAACUGCUACAAGUGAACGUCAAAAAUGUCGACCUCGAUGUCAUUUCACGAAUGUUCGCCAUGGGUAACGCUGUUCAUCGCCUGCUGACAGAAGAAGAGAAAACCAAGAUGUUCGAGUUCGCCAAGAGUUAUGUGCUACAAAAUCAAUGUUCACUGGGGAAGUGCAUUUCUCGCAUGAUAAUUCUGACAGGAUCGUUCGCGAAAAUCAGUCCAAUCUAUGAUCUGCUGACGGAAGAAGAGAAACCCCUGUCGUUCAAGUUCACCGAGAAAUUCCUGCUACAGGGACGCUGUUCCGGCUUCUCAACCACAGGGUCCACGCAGCAGCACUGA